UUCGGAUGGACAAGGAGUUUGACGAUGAUGUCCUUGAAGUAUUCAACUCUGCUACCGCCAAGUGGGAAGCGGUGUGUAAGGAAGGAUGGACGCCGGAGUUCUCUGACCUGACUUGCAGACAGCUUGGAUACAAGAGUGCCCUAACAACGGUGUAUGUCCAGGAAUCUUCACUGAACAAGUCUAAGAUUUCUGAGCUCAGAAAUGGUAGUGAGACAGACAAGCUGCAGAGCUACCUCCAGAAGGG